AUGGCCCCAAUCACCUUCUACGACAUCGCCCUCCGCCCCCCGGUAGAGAAAACUGCUUGUUCUCCAAACCCCUGGAAAACCCGCUACGCUCUCAAUUUCAAACAAACCGCCUACAAAACAACUUGGGUGCCCCUGGGCGAGAUCAGCACCGUCCGCGGCGCUUUCAACAUCCCCGCGUCGCGCACAUUCGCCGAUGGAUCCCCUUAUCAGACCCUACCCAUGAUCUCCGAUCCAGCAACUGGACGUGUAGUGGGUGAUUCGUUUGAGAUAGCAGUAUACCUCCAGGAACAAUACCCGUCCUCGGGAGCCGGAGAUUUGUUCCCUGUGCAGGAGCUGGAGUACAAAUUCGGGCAAGUCUUGAAUCUGCCCGCGCCGAUCGCGGAAACGAAAGUCGCCGAUGGACAUGUGACGGCGUACGUGAAGUUCAACACGAAUGUCGAUGCUGCUUUUAGCGCGCAUGCGCAGCUAGUGCUGGAGGGGUUCCCGUUUGAUCCUGCGACUGCGGAGAAAGAUAAGGCGGAGUUCUCGCGUCGGUCGGGAGUGCCGUGGGAUUCUUUGGAAAUCAGUGAGGAGAAGAGGAAGGAGGUGGUGAAGGAGUUUGAGGACGAUCUGGCGGGGCUUGCGGAGUUAUUUUCGAGAGACGCGAGUGGGCCGUUUUUGAGGGGAAGUCGAGCUUGUUAUGCGGAUUUCAUUGUCGGGGGUUGGUUGCGCAUGUAUUGGGGCAUGUUGCGGGCGGAGGAGUGGAAAGCGAUGACGGGGUGGCAUAAUGGUGUGUUUGGAAAGUUACAUGAGGCUCUAGAGGUGUUUGCGCAGUUGGACUAG